UUUUAUAAUUGUGGUAAUAUGCUUAAUGGUUGAUUGUGAUUGGCGGUUCUGUGUUGGAGUCCUGUGUUGCUAGGCAACGGGGGCGGGUCGAGUGCAUGCUGGUUGCUACUGACUCUGUUUCCAGAGAGUUACUGAUAUUCGUGUGCUAAUAAAGUUAGGACUUUGAGAACACCGAGUUGUCUGCCCCGUGUAUCAUGACAAUAAUAAAGCAUAUAAAACAAAAUAUAUACUAAUAAGUUUAUUAUCAGUCUCAGAUUUAAUGAAAUGUAAGUCAUUUCUUUCUUGGGGAGUUGGCAGAAAGUAGCCUUGAAUAAGCGGUUACUAUGGAAACGGUAGUGUAUUGCGACCGGCGCAUUAAUCUAAACUUUUACAACCGGAACUACUUUCACAGUUAUUUUACCCAGUUAAAGGGCAUUUGAGAACUGAGAAAUUAUAUUCAUUGUCUUCAGAAUAUAAGGAAGAUAAAUGAAUGAACGAAUGAAUGAAAGGCUGGAAAUAACACGUAUACAGACAACAACAACACAACAACUGCUACUAUCACAAAGAAACGCUGACUUGUUUUUCCAGAGAUUUUGAAAUCUCGCGAGAUUUCCUCUCUUCCGCCUGGAUUUUUCUAGUGUUUUUUUUAAUCUUCCUUUCAUUCUCGGCAGGUGACAGGAGGGUGGCUUGCUGCAGGCUGGUUGCGAUGCCUUGAUCAGGAUGAUAUCGCAGAGGGAACGAGGCGAACUGGCUCGAUUUUACACGGUUACGGACCCAAAAAAGCACAAAAAGGGAUAUACGGUUUAUAAAGUCACUGCCAGGAUCAUCUCCAGGAAGAAUCCUGAAGACGUACAGGAGAUCACGGUGUGGAAGCGCUAUAGCGAUUUCAAGAAGCUGCACAAAGACCUGUGGCAGAUCCACAAAAACCUCUACAGACAGUCGGAGCUCUUCCCUCCGUUCGCCAAGUCGAAAGUCUUCGGCAGGUUUGAUGAUUCUGUGAUCGAGGAGAGGAGGCAGUGUUCAGAGGAUCUUCUACAAUUCAGUGCUAAUAUUCCUGCUCUUUAUGCCAGCCAGUAUAUACAGGACUUCUUUAAGGACGGAGAAGUUCAGGACGGUUCCGAGCUCAUCGGGCCAGCAGAACCUUUUUCUGACUUCUUAGCCGACAGCCAAUCAGACAGCAGCUCUGAAGUUCAUAAGAGCAUUGGUGGUGUAGAAGAUUCGACUCUAACCAGCCAGUCAGAGUAUGGAGGUCUAUCCAGUGAGAGUGAUCUGAUUUCUCUGCUGGUGGAUGGAGACUCCUUGCCCGAUUUGGAUGAUGGAAUGGGCUCGGGUUGUAGUUCCCCAAAACAGAGGGCAGGAGGCAGCGGAUGUUCUGCGUCCCUGAGCCGGACCGAGGUAGACCCGAGGCGGGCCAUCAGGGCGGCGCUUUUCUCCUCCGGCCACCAGAAGAAGGAUUACCUGGAGAAAGCUAGUGAGCAGAUCAGCCUUGCUGUACGGAAAGAAGUGGAGCAGGAUUACGCCUCUGCUUUCUUUUACUACCGCAGCGGAGUGGAUUUACUACUGCAGGGAGUUCAAGGUGAAGUGAGUCCGCGGAAGAGAGAAGCCGUGAAGAAGAAAACCGCCGAGUAUCUGAUGCGCGCGGAGCUCAUCGCUAGCACAUACCUGAAAGACAGCAUGGGUCAGAACUCCACUCAGAGCCGGACGCUGGCCGCUCAGUGCUGUAAGGGGUCAUGGGGUCAGCAGAGCCAAGCUGAUGAGUUGCACAACUACAGAGUGCUAGGGGUCAUUGAUAAGGUGCUGCUGGUGAUGGAUAAGAGGACGCAGGAGAUGUUCGUCCUCAAGGGAUUACGGAAGAGCAGCGAGUGUGGAGGCGUGAAGAAGACCGUCGUCCCCCACAUGGUGCCCAACAUGGUACGACUCAGGAAGUACAUCGUCUCUGAGGACUCCAUUUUCCUGUUGCUGCAGUACGCCGAGGGAGGUAAGCUAUGGUCCCACAUCACCAAGUACCUGCAUGAAGAUAGUCAAGACGACAGCUUUGACAUCCCGUUCAUCCAGAAGUCCCACACAACGACAGUUCAUUGCCCCGAUGCCCUGAUCAGCUCAGGGAGCAGCAGCUCACGGCCCAGCGUGGAGCUCCAGGAAGACCAGGAUGAAGACGAGUCCCAGCCGAUUUUGACGUUCCAGAGCGAAAGCAGCUCGCAGGUUCCCAUGUCCGGUUCUUCCGAGGAAGAAGAGUGCACCAGCAGCUACCUGACGCUGUGCCAUGAGUAUGAGCAGGAUAAAGUAGAGCCUGAGGCUCUGGGCGAGGAAGAGGAAGAUGCAAAAAAGGCUGAGGUAGAUUCUGGCAAUCUUAGCAACGGAGGUUCUGGUGCAGAGGCACUACCGAAGCCUUAUCGAGGCUCGGUAAUCAGCAGCGAUAGUUUGUGUUCUCCGGUUGGCGGACAUGACCUGAGCUUCUUCACAGAGGAAGAUGAGGAGCUUGUUGACCAACCGACUCCUAAUACUUUAGACCAGUUGAAACGUUCUCCUAUGGAAUUGUUUCGGAUUGACAGCAAAGACAGUGGUGACAUUUCCCGAAUGCUGUUCUCUACCUCAGACCUGGGUUCGGAGGUAACUGAGGUCACAGAGGAUCCUUUGGAGAUCGGUGAGGUCGUGGAGGUUAAAGGUCACCUGUCCGAUUUGUGGCGGUUCGAUAGCGAUCAGGGUUCUAAUGAAUCCGUGCCUGUGAUUUCUUUUAAAGAAGCCAUGGCGGAGGAUGCAAACGCGCCUUGUAUAGACGAGGGACAACCUCCGGACCUUUUAGUCAACCUUCCUGGAGUCACAGGGGUCACGGGCGACGACCUGGAGCAGGAGCUUGCAGCAGCCGGUGUGGUUUUCGCUUUAGAAGCUAAGCCUUCGCCUCAAUUCGGCAAACCAGAUGUACUCCAACUGGGUGAAGAAGCAGGCCUCGAACUAUCUGUUGAGGAACUUGCUCCCGGUAUCUCAGUUUUACGUAGCCACUCACACCCAGAUGCGUCUGAACAGAAAGGCCACUCCUCUUCCCUAAACAGUAACCCAAAAUCCAAAUCGCUUUCCCUUCCCUUUGAUUCUUUGACUCUCAGGACUGAAAUUGACCUCAGUGACCCACCAGCCUCACCACCCUCUGCAGGGUCAGAGGUAAUGGAGAAGCGGGAAGGCAGGAGUGUGUCGGAGAUAUUCCGAGAGCUGGACGAAUUGGCUGAAGUGGCUCUGCACACACACCUUCCCGAGGCGCUGGUCAGGAGUUGGGCAGUGGACAUGCUGCUCGCCCUUGAUGCGUUGCAUCAAGAGGGAAUCAUUUGCAGAGACCUUAACCCAAACAACAUACUGCUGGAUUACCGAGGUCAUGUAGAGUUGACGUACUUCUGUAGCUGGAGCGAAGUGGAGGAAUCCUGCAAUCCUGCAGCUGUCACCAAGAUGUACUGUGCCCCAGAAGUGGGCGGGAUAUCGGAGGAGACGGCGGCGUGUGAUUGGUGGAGUUUGGGAGCGCUUCUCUUUGAGCUUCUAACGGGAAAGUCUCUUCAGCAGUGCCACCCCGCUGGUAUUAGCAGACACACGUCGCUGAACAUUCCAGACUUCGUGUCAGAGGAGGCCAGGUCUCUGCUGGAACAGUUGCUGCAGUAUAACCCUGUAGAGCGCCUGGGUGCCGGUGCAGGAGGAGUGGAGGAUAUCAAAUCACAUCCCUUCUUUUCUCAUGUGAACUGGCCUAAUUGAACAGCUCAGAGGGGAAAGGUCACCUGCAGGACUGACUGACUGACCUGAGAAUUACAGAACACUCUCUCUCUGUGUGUGUGUGUGUAUGUUAUUAUGAGAGAAAGAAGAUAAAUCUCAUCAUCUCUAAAGACUCUCUGAAAACACUCUGUAUCUAAACACAUCAAUAUCCAGGAUUAACAACAACAACAUCUUUCCCAUCAUGCACUACGGGUCUCUGCACCACUAACCUCCAUCACACCUUUACUUCUACAUCACAGUGGUGCAGCAUGACACAAUAACUCUCACAUUUCAACAUGUCUGUGUUGUGCCAUUAAAGGAGAAGUCUGAGGAGAGAGAAAGUUACACUACCAGGCUAAUGUCGCUAACAACUAAUGGAAGCUUACGGCUACCGGAUUAGCAUCGGGUAGAAAAAACGGCUUAAUCAUCACCUGAGAGGUAGAACGAUGAAGAAUAAACAUGCUGUAAAACAAAUCUAAUCAAAAUGUAGGAAUAUAUAUAAAUAUAUAUCAUUAUAAGAUUACAAGAAAUAUCUAAUAUAGGAUUAUUAAACUUUUGGCCAUAUUUUAUUAUUUAAAAUUAUUAUUUUUUUUGCUUCUUUCUAGAAAUUAAUGUUUAAAAAUUAGCAAAAUAUUCUGCUGAGAGAAGCUUAAAAAUACUACGAUUUUCUAGAAAUAGUUUUGUUUUCUUUAACUGAAUUAUUUUCCUUUGUUUUCUUGUCAUCUUUCAGUAGAAAACCCUUCUAAGAUUUGAUCUUUUGCAGUGAAAAUGCCCAAAAAUGUGAAUACAUAUAUAUAUUGCAUAAUAAAACUUUAGGCCACGCCCUGUACCUGAGUGCACUCCUCUCUACACAAGUCCACUCCUCUCUACCUGAGGCCACACCCCUUACCCGAGUUCACGCCUCUCUACCUGAGGCCACACCCCUACCCGAGUCCACUCCUCUCUACCCGAGUCCACUCUUCUCUACCUGAGGCCACAUCCCCUACCCGAGUCCACUCCUCUCUACCUGAGGCCACACCCCUACCCGAGUCCACUCCUCUCUACCCGAGUCCACUCUUCUCUACCUGAGGCCACAUCCCCUACCCGAGUCCACUCCUCUCUACCUGAGGCCACAACCCCUACCCGAGUCCACUCCUCUCUACCUGAGGCCACAACCCCUACCCGAGUCCACUCCUCUCUACCUGAGGUCACUCUUCUCUACCCGAGUCCACUCUUCUCUACCUGAGGCCACAUCCCCUACCCGAGUCCACUCCUCUCUACCUGAGGCCACACUCCCUACCCGAGUCCACUCCUCUCUACCUGAGGUCACUCUUCUCUACCCGAGUCCACUCUUCUCUACCUGAGGUCACUCUUCUCUACCCGAGUCCACUCUUCUCUACCUGAGGCCACACUCCCUACCCGAGUCCACUCCUCUCUACCUGAGGCCACACUCCCUACCCGAGUCCACUCCUCUCUACCUGAGGCCACACUCCCUACCCGAGUCCACUCCUCUCUACCUGAGGCCACACCCCCUACCCGAGUCCACUCCUCUCUACCUGAGGCCACACCCCCUACCCGAGUCCACUCCUCUCUACCUGAGGCCACACUCCCUACCUGAGUCCACUCCUCUCUACCUGAGGCCACACUCCCUACCCGAGUCCACUCCUCUCUACCUGAGGCCACACCCCCUACCCGAGUCCACUCCUCUCUACCUGAGGCCACACCCCCUACCCGAGUCCACUCCUCUCUACCUGAGGCCACACCCCCUACGCAAGUUCACUCUUCUCUACCCGAGUCCACUCCUCUCUACCUGAGGCCACACCCUCAAGCCAAGUCCACUCCUCUCUACCUGAGACCACACCCCCUACCUGAGACCACAUCCCCUACCCGAGUCCACUCCUCUCUACCUGAGGUCACUCUUCUCUACCCGAGUCCACUCCUCUCUACCUGAGGCCACACCCCCUACCCGAGUCCACUCCUCUCUACCUGAGGCCACACCCCCUACCCGAGUCCACUGCUCUCUACCUGAGGCCACAGCCCCUACCCGAGUCCACUCCUCUCUACCUGAGGCCACACCCCCUACCCAAGUCCACUCCUCUCUACCUGAGGCCACACCCCCUACCCGAGUUCACUCUUCUCUACCCGAGUCCACUCUUCUCUACCUGAGGCCACAUCCCCUACCCGAGUCCACUCCUCUCUACCUGAGGCCACACCCCCUACCCAAGUCUACUGCUCUCUACCUGAGGCCACACCCCCUACCCAAGUCCACUCCUCUCUACUUGAGGCCACACCCCCUACCCGAGUCCAAGCCUCUACCCGAGGCCACAUCCGCUACCCAAGUAGCAGAGUCAGCAAGGCUCUCUACCCGAGUCCACUCCUCUCUACCGGAUUCCCAUCUGUUUUUUAUAUACAGUUACAAUUUUCUAAGAGAAAAUUUGCAUGAUCCAUACCUGCUGCUGCCGUUCUUGUUUCUUCUAGCUAGAUCGGAGGCAGGCGAGGUAACAUGUUAGGUUGGCGACCUAGAGUAGCGAGUCAUUAUGUCAAAACAAAAUGUGAAAUUUGUGUGUAAACUGACAUGGGAUUAUUGUUUUUUUGUGAUAUUACAAACAUAAAAGCAGAAUAAAUCAACAGGAUGACAGAUUUUAGCUAAAUGUUGCUGUAGGCUUCCUUUACUUGCUAGCUACAUCAGCUGCAUAGCUUUAGUAAUAAAAAAAUUUCUGGGGUAAAAAAAAAAUGAAAAUUUCACGAAGGUAGGAUCUUUAGUCGAAGUGUGAAAAAAUGUACGUUUGUUGCUUUCCUGCUCGGGAAAAUGCUUCGUUUUAUCGCACAGGUUUAUUGUGUGUGUGUGUUGGAGUAUUAUAUAAAAAAAGGAAAAAAAAGAAGAGAGAUUUUUUUUUUUUUCUUUUUAAAAAUCCUGUAUUUAUUUUUCACACUUGCUCCAGGACACAUCUUGUGCAAUAUUCCAUUAAAAGAUCACUUCAUUAAAUCCUA